AUGAAGCUGUCAUUUCUCUCUCUCCUUUCGGCCGCGGCCGGUGUAGCUGUUGCAGCUCCGACUGAGUCAACCAAAGACCAUUCUGUUCCGUUCAACAAUCGCGCGCUCGGUCCCCUCAAGCCCAACCCUUUCCAGGGCCUGAAAUACAAGGGUGACUGGCAAGUUGGCCGGUACUCCGUGCAAGCCUCGAACAUCAAGACCACCAGUGGAAACAAGCUCUUAUUUUACCCAAUGACCAACAUCACCGACGUCGAGGUCAGGGGUUCUGUCAGUGUGGACGGGGGCAAGGAUAAAUUCAACGGGAAAUCCGUGAAACUCGGCUGCAGCGUCAAGAAUGGGAACAAGAAGCAGACGGUGCCGUGUGAUAUUCAGAUCACCGGAUCUAACCUAGUUAACCAGAAGUUCGUUUCGGUUAAGUAUACCGACACCAAGGCGUUGCAGACGGUUGACCUUGACGAUCUGUAUCUUGUGGAUGCGUUGUUCUUCCGGAUCAAGUCUGCUGGAAAGGACAAGGAGCUGACGGAGGAUAUUACGCUUCUUGUGGAUGAUUUCAAUCUCCAUUCCUGA